AGAAAACUGCCUCAGACGUUCUUUUUUUAUAGUCGGACGUACCAUGUUUUGACUGUGAAAAUGACGUGGAAGUGUUGAAUAUGCGAGGCUGUAACGCGACUAAACUAAUUAGUAAUUUACAACGGAAGCUCCACGGACAUUUUUUUCAGGCAAGCCCCGUCCAUCGGCACGACGCGCUCUAACUUCUUCGUCUCAGAAACUUGACAAAAGUGAAUUUGCCCUCAGGCUAGGGCAACAUUCAUCGCCUCCACAUUCGUAGAAAAAAAUAGAAAGCAACAACCUCAAAACAAACUGGGAAACAGCAGGGGGCUGGUGUUUGAGCGCGUGAGAGCCGAGGGUCUAGAGACGAAGCAAAGGAGCAACUGAGAGAAAAGUUAGCGAGGAGUUUGUGGUUAACGUUAACGCACCGAGAGGAACAACGGGAGGGAGGGCUGACUGCUUCACUACUCCAUAUAUCGACUCACCUUUCUUGUUAGCGCGCUAGCUAACGAAAUCGCUACCCUCGACAUGAAAACCCCUGGGGAUACGGGGUUUGCUUUUCCAGACUGGGCCUAUAAGCCAGAGUCUAGUCCGGGCUCCAGGCAGAUCCAGCUCUGGCACUUUAUCCUGGAGCUGCUGAGGAAGGAGGAGUACCACGAUGUCAUUGCCUGGCAGGGGGACUACGGAGAGUUUGUCAUUAAAGACCCAGACGAGGUGGCCCGACUGUGGGGCGCGCGAAAAUGCAAACCACAGAUGAACUAUGAUAAGCUCAGCCGCGCACUCAGAUACUACUAUAACAAAAGGAUUCUGCAUAAGACCAAAGGGAAAAGAUUCACCUACAAGUUCAACUUCAACAAACUGGUGCUGGUCAACUACCCCUUCAUAGACAUGGGCUCUGCAGGUUCUGGUGUUCCCCAGAGUGCUCCUCCUGUUCCCUCCGGCGUCAGCACACACUUCCGGUUCCCUCCCUCCACUCCGUCUGAUGUCCUGUCUCCAAGUGAGGAGCUGCGCAGCCCGGGUGUCUUCAGCACGGUGGCCCGUCGCAUGGCCCGCGGCUCCGUGUCCGACUGCAGUGACGGCACCUCCACCAACUCUGAGCUGGAGGAGACCGCCGGAGUGGGAGGGUCCGCGGCGGAGGACCGCCCCGCUGACCGUGCCUUCCGGAACCUCCUUCACCCCCGCCUGUCCCAUGACUCCCUGUUCCGUGUCUACGGAGCCCCGCCAAACCCAGCCGGGCUGCCCCGCGGCGCCCCGCACGCACCCCCACACAGGGUUCACCCCGAAUCCCUCUCCCCCUUCCCCGUCUCCCCUCUGCCAGGCCCUGGAGGCCUGCUGGCCCCCACCCUCUCCCCAGCCCUGUCCAUGACCCCCACCUCCCACCUGCCCUACAGCCCCUCCCCCAGUCUCUCUCCAAUGCUGGGUUCCCAUUUCUCCUUCAGCCCGGAGGACAUGAAGCGCUACCUCCAGGCUCACACACAGAGUGUAUACAACUACCACCUGAGUCCACGUGCUUUCCUGCCCUCCUAUCCCAACAUCGUCAUCCCGCAGCCCCAGCGCCCGGACAAGGCCCCACACCUGCCCAGCCACCCCCUACACCAUGCCCAGCCCGAAGAACCACACCACUCCCCCUUCAAAUUCAAGCUCCAGCCUCCACCUCUGGGCCGCAAGCAGAGGGAGGUGCCGCCCGCCUCUGGACAAGGACACGCCCCCUCGUCCGGAAACACUGCCUCCUCCGGGUUAGGCUCCUCCUUCUCGUUCAGCAACGAGCAUGCCUCCGCCCCUGGGCAAGGUUCCAACUCCUCUUCUGGGCUGAUGAACAACUCAGGUGGACCGCCCAAAAUUAAGGUGGAACCCAUCUCUGACAUGGAAUCUGAGGAGGAGGUGGAAGUCACCGAUAUCAGCGAAGAGGAUGAAGAGGGUGACGUCUUCUCACCGCCUUACUCCAAUGGCGCCCACGCACCCCAGCCCCUGGCCCCGACUGCCGAGGAAGAGGAGGAAGACCUGGAGGAAGAUGUGUUCAAGGCUCCAGCCGCGCCCUCCCCUCGCGAGACUCCCAGCAGCCCCGGCGGCGGUAACAGCGGUGGCCGUUGCAUCCCACUGAAGUUGCGUUUCAAACGCCGUUGGAGCGAAGAUCAGCGCAUGGAGGCAGCAGGAGACGAGGCCGAGGACAAGAAGAGCAGAGCGGAACGGGAGGAGGAGCCCACCCCCAGGGCAGAGCCAAAGGGUGCGGGGCAGAACGGAGAGGGGAAAAGUCCUGAGUGCUUGGUCCCACCCCUUCUGCCAGGACAGAGGAGAGUCAGCUCAGAGCUUCAGAGAGCCACAGCCCAGCUGUCCUUAGAAAACAAUUCCUGCUGAACACACACUCACACACACAGAGAGCUGUCCAUCAUUGGCUCUUGUGCCCAUAUACUUUCAUACACAUGCAUACUCACACUCACACACACACACACACACACACACACAAGUACACGUACAUUCUGACUCAAAGCUGUCGUAGUAAAGAAGCACGCACACACACCCACAGCUGCUGAUUCAACUGACAUGCCUGUAUAGAUGAACAUAUUAACAUACACAUACACAUUCAAAUGUGUCCACACAUGUAGAGAAACACGUAUUCACAGAGGUUCACAAAGUGCCCUGACACUAAGAACGACUAUGCGGAAAACUUCUCCCACUAAAAACCAUUUGCCAAUGGACCAGUCUUACUCCCCCCCUGCCCCCCCUCUCUCUCAAUUUCAUUGGCCUCUCAGACCCUCCCACUAGCCCCAC